AUACACUCUGAGCCCACAAAACCGUAGCGAGGGAUUCAAAAGGGAUUUUCCCAUCGUCCAAAUCUCAAAAAUACUGGGUUUUCGGAAUCACACUACUAGAAUCUUUGGUCCGAAUAAUAAAUCCUUACAAUAUCCUUUUGUACACUUCAGUCACACGUUGGAUUUACAUCGUACCGCAACCAACCCAAAACGAGGACUAUAAAGAGUGUUAACGGAAAAUCAAAAAAAAAAAACAAGUAAAACGUCUAAAGCCCUAGGGAAUAAAAAAAGCCGGAGUGCACCCGGAGUGCAUCAAGCAAUUUCAUUAAAUAAUCAAGAUCUAUUUUAUUUUACUCUGAAUUUUGACAGAUAGAAAAAAAGUCCUCGACUCUGGGUUGUUUCGGUCGGGAUUUUCGGAUAUCGAGAUAUCAUCUUCAACGUUAGAUACGGUAGAUAUAUUGUGAACGGAUAAGUGGAUUAAGGAAUAAAUUCAAAAAAGAAAAACUGUAAGGACAUUCAAAUGUCCUUUCAGUCUAUAGUGUAUAGUGAAUUAUUAAUAUCCUCUCACCACUCUGCUUCUUUUCGAAAAGGGGUCACCAAUCUGACAUAGUAGAAGAUAGAAGAUAGUCCCCUAAUGAUGUGCAUCCCACAUCAAUAAAAAAAAAAGAAUGUAGGAGAUAAACCUAGAGAGGAAAUCGAAGUCGAGUAACAUCUGCUUCCGUGUUAAUCCUUGAUCAAUAGUUAGAUAUAGGGUUUUCCAAAUAGAAAGCAAAACGUAAAAAAAUAAAAUUCGAAAUAGUGCAGAAUACUGUUCUAGUGUGUCCUUGUCCCGUUUUGCAUGAUUUGACAACACACCUGGCAUUGCUCUUCCACCUCCAUUCAUCCAUUUAUCUAUCACAGACGACGACGAGGACGAGAACGAGAACGAGGACGACGACACCACCGCCGCCAUCACUCGUCAUUGUCACAUGCAACACGAUGAAUGAAUGAUUUGGCAUCAGCCUUUGCAUUUCACCCAUCAUCAUCAUCGACAUCGACCACCGGGAUCGGGAUUCAGCAGGUUGCUCUUGUGUCCUGUCGUCCUGUCACCCUGUCCUGCUGCUGUUGCUGUUGCUGUCAUAUAGCGCCGUCAGUCAUUUGAGUAGCAUCAGGUCCUGCUAGUGCAAAACCACCCAAUAUGCAUCAAAGGACGACACCUGGUCUGCUCACAUGCACUGCAAUUGUACUCCUUUGUAGUUCCGGAAUAAAAGCAAGCUGGGAGGAAUGGUGGACGUAUGAUGGUAUUUCCGGACCUAGCUUUUGGGGCCUUAUAAAUCCACAAUGGAAUAUGUGUAAUAAAGGACAUCGUCAAUCGCCUAUAGAUGUAGUUCCAGAUAAAUUAUUAUUUGAUCCGUAUUUGCGACCUUUGCACGUCGAUAAGCACAAGGUUUCUGGUACGUUACACAAUACUGGCCAAUCAUUGGUCUUCCGUGUCGACAAGGAUACAAAACAGCAUGUGAACAUCUCUGGUGGUCCACUUGCAUAUAAAUAUCAAUUCGAGGAGAUUUAUAUUCAUUAUGGUACAGAAAAUAGUAAAGGUUCAGAACAUUAUAUACAAGGAUAUAGUUUUCCUGGUGAGAUACAAAUCUAUGGAUUUAACAAAGAACUAUAUCACAAUAUGUCCGAGGCACAACAUAAAUCCCAAGGUAUUGUUGGCCUGUCGCUGAUGGUGCAAAUAGGCGAAACUCCUAAUCCAGAGCUUAGAAUUAUAACAAGUACUUUUAACAAGGUGCUAUUUAGAGGAUUUUCAACACCAAUUAGACACAUUUCAAUACGCUCUCUGCUGCCAAAUACAGACCAUUUCAUAACUUAUGAAGGAUCAACUACACAUCCUGGCUGCUGGGAGAGCACAGUGUGGAUUAUUGUCAAUAAGCCAAUUUAUAUAACAAAACAAGAGUUGUAUCAGCUUAGGCGGCUUAUGCAAGGAUCUGAAAAUACCCCAAAAGCCCCAUUAGGCAAUAAUGCGCGGCCUGUGCAGGGGUUACACCAUAGAACAAUAAGAACUAAUAUAGAUUUUAAGAAAUCAAAGCAAAACCAAAACUCAUGCCCAUCAAUGUACAAGGACAUGUACUACCGGGCGAAUCGAUGGUCGCCAGAUAGUGGACUGAUGAUUCGUUGACCCAGCGCUUUAUACGAUUACAAUUUUGGCUCAUUUCUGAGUGCAAUUAAUCUGUAAAUCCUUAAAAAUAAAUCCUUAUAUAUAAAUAUUAAAACUAAAAAAUAAUUCAAUUAAGUUAAAUUAAGGUUAUUUAAUAUUUUGAAUUCCAUUAUUAUUAUAUUAUUAAGGAAAAAUAACAAUAAUUAUAAACCCUAUGUGUAUGUGUAAACUAUUAGAUAUUUUGUUAUAUAAUAAAAAUUAAAACAAAAUAAGUAUACAAAUAUAGGUAAAAAUAUGAUACAAAAAUAAAUUAUAAAAUUAAGCCGUUAACUGGAGGGUGGACAAUAACUACACUAUACAAAAUAAUUUAUAGUAAUAAAUAUAUAUAAAUAUUAAAAAUUAGAAAGAAAAACCAAAACUCACAAUAUUGCAUAACCGUAACAGUAUACCUAACUUAUUAUAAUCUGAAUAUAGUUGCUACUGCUAAAAAAUAAUAAACAAAACAAAUAAAUCACACAAAACAUACAACAAAAUGCUAUACAAACAAUAAAAUAAAAAAUGAAAAUAUAUUAUGGUGAAAGUAACUUCCUAAGAAAAAACAAAAGACAGAUGAUAAAAUAAACUGCAAAACAAGAAAUAUAAAUUAUAUAUUUAUAAAUACAAGCAAAUUAAAUCCAUUAAGAAAACAAGA